AUGGCUAGCAAGUUGACAACAUUGAGGGAGUUAACUCCACAUGAGAAAGCUCUACAUGGGCAACAUGACAUGGCAUCCACGAGCGGACAUGGAUAUCUCAUCUACGAUAACUCAUUCAAGAAUAUCAUUGGCCUUUCCGCAACUCUGGAUUGUGUUCUUGAGGAUGAUUUGCCAUUUGCACAUGAAGCUGGUGUAUACUUCCCUGACCAGGACUCGCUAUUUGUCACCAGUAACAGGUGCAAGUCGAACCAAACUGAUAGGGAAAGUAUCAUGAUUCACAAGCUUAGAAGAGAGCGCGACGGCGUCUGGACGAAGGAGAGGAUCGAUACCGACAUGACAAUGGCAAACGGUGGCGUCAACUACCAGUCCGGUAUCCUAUUCUGCGCCCAGGGAGAUCAUUCAUCCAAGGGCGGUCUCGUCCUCAUGGAAGCCGAGGCNCCCUACAGAGUCCAGAUGCUCGUGGACAGCUAUCAUGGGCGAAGGCUCAACUCGGUCAACGAUGUCGUGAUCAAGUCGGACGGGACAGUGUGGUUCACCGAUCCGAUCUACGGCUCAGAGCAAGGCUUCUGCCCGAAGCCGCAAUUGCCAAACCAGCUGUACCGAUUCGAGCCAGAAACCGGNGGUGUCAGAGCAGUUGCCGAUGGAUUUGGGCGACCGAAUGGGUUGUGCUUCUCUCCCGAUGAGCAGACACUCUAUGUAACAGACACAGAGUGGAUUCAUGGCGAUGGAACCAUAGACGAUACUCGUGCAUCUUCCAUGUAA